AUGAAGUUCACCACUCUCAUGACCGCAGUCGCUCUGCUCCUCACCAGCACCACGCUCGCGAACGCCGUGCCGCACGCCGAGGCUGAUGACAACCCACAAAUCUGUUACUGCAGCUUGGGCUGCUACGACAGCUGCGGACAGAAGUUCUGCUGCGUCGUCGAUGUUUUCCAGACCGGCGGCCCAGUCAGCGGCCUAGCUUAG